CUUGGCCACAGACUGAACGGCCCCUCCACAGCACACUUUCUUCUUUGCUCUGGAAUGGUGUCCGGCCGCGACGACUGCUUCUAUGCUUCGAGUCACAAAUACCACGAGUCGAACCGCCCGUUUCACCGCUCCCCUGCCGGCACUCCCGUCCAUCCGGCACAAUCGCUACGUUAGUCCCUCUACGCCGCCUUCGGGCACACCGGCCUCGACAUCCACGGCCACCCACACGGGUCCGCCUACCGCCAUGGUUGCCCUCCCGCUCUUCAAGCUCGGCUCGCUCUUCAUUCGACACAUUUCCAAAUAUGGCGCAAAUCGUAUAAAAUUACAGGCGCACGAGCACCCCGGCUUUCGCAGGUUCGCCGCCCGCUACGGGCAGUACAUACACCAGUUCAACAUGCGCAUGAAUGUGUCCCUGCUGCGCGACACCGCCGCCGAGCUGCGAGCCAAGGAGAAGGCCCAGGCACCCACCGUCAAGACCAAAGAGGAAGUCGAGAAGGAGGAGAGCAGAAAACUGCGGCCGAGGACGGGCACUACAACCACAGAAGAGGGCGCCAAGAAGAGAAUGAAUUUCCUUCAGGUCUGGCGCCGUAAAUUCCGGCCCCUGCCCGAGGAGAAGGCCGUAGACCUCUUUGCUGACGUGCUCGGCGACGCCUUCAUCCUCUUCGUGGCCAGCGCCAUCAUCCUCUACGAGUACCAGAAAGCGGCCCAGAAGCCCGACGCCAACCACGAGAGGAUCAAGGAACUCACCGCCCGCUUCGACGAGCUCGAGCAGCGCGAGGCGAAGCUGCUAGAGGCCGAGAAGCAGCAGCAGGAGCGCGUGCGACUGAUCGAGGCGGCGCUACAGGGCUUCAAAGACCCGGCCACGAAGAAACCGCUCUUGGAGCCCUCGCCUUUGCCCGUGGCACUGCCGGAACUGCGACCGUCUGCAGCUGGCGGCGUGCCUCCACAGAGCCCUCCGGCAGCGUAAAAGUCUCCUCCUCCGCAUUUCAUUAUAGAUUUGUAUUAUAGCAACUCUGCAUAUACCCGGCGCAUGGCGGCCUAUGUUUCAACCUUGACGGGCAACCAGGGCGCACACUUCUCGGAAGUAUGACGCUGGUGUCUGAGACAAGACGAUUUGGGUGGACAGUUUUAGACAUUUGUGCUUUACUUGCUUGUAUACCAUCACCACUUAGCUCAGAGGAUAUAUUACAAUUACGUUCGAGCGAUUCUAGAAAUGCUACCAGAG